AUGCCAACGUGGUGCGAGCCACCACACAUUAUAAAUGCAGCAAUAAAGAACUUCAUCACGUUUCGCGUGAGUGUGUGUAUGAGUGCGCGGAGGAGGUCUAGGGAGGCGCUAAUGUUGGGAGGGAAUAAAUUUACUGAAGUUUUCUGGCUUCGAUUGUGUGUUUCUAAAGUGUCUUUCUUCUUCCUUAUUAAAAACUUUUUUGCACUGCAUGCAUGCGCAUUUAUGAUCACAUUGCACUUUAAAAACAAAAACAACAACAACAACGAAAAAGAGUGGAGGAGGAGGAGGAAGGAGAUGUCGGAGUCACAGUCCAUGCUGGAACCGAUGGAGGCUGCUGCUGGCGCUGGUACCAGUACCGAUUGCCUCCUGACGGGCGCGAUGCCGUCGUCUACCGCCGUAAUUUGCAUGCCAUCUGUGGGAGAGGAGCCGGGUGACGCGUCAGGAAUGACGGCGGACGACGACUCUUUUCCCUCCGUCGCUCAAACAAGUAAAGGACUCGAUCUUUUUUCAACUAAUUGGGCCACGGCUUCUUUGAGGAGCGGUUCCAGCCCCUCCCCAAAUAUGGCUCAAUUUCUUAAGCUGCCAAAAAACGAACUGACGAAGGAGUGCUUCGCGAUGCCGGAGGCAGCCACGCAGCGGGCGGGGUUUCAUGGUGGAAUUUGGCGCCGCAUUCAGUCCUUUUCGCCCCGGCAGGGCAGAUCCCGCGAUCUGAACGCACUCUCUGUUCUCGAUUUGGCGACCAUGGACCUUGAGCGGUUAAAGAAGUCAUUUCUUGCCCAUGCACAGCUUUUCAGUCGAAGCGAUUUGCUUGAAAUGUACAAAGUGACGAGGAAUGUGGCAAGGGAGAUGCGCCACGCCGAGCGUCAGGCGGAACGACAGCAAAGAAAGAAGCAAAUCCAUCGCACAAGCCCUCGAAGAACAACGGAUUCUGCAAAGUUAUCCGCGACCGCACUGAGCGAUCUAGAGGAAGGUCUAGGGGGUGAGAGUGUCGCUUCCAUCGCAGAAGAAUCUACUACAAAUGGUCUUUUGACUGAGUCCGUUCUCUUCCGCAAAGAAUAUUCGUCCAAAAAGACACGUCUCUUGUGCAUUUGGCUGUAUGAUCGCCUCAUGGAGCAGCAGCUUUGCGACUUUAGGAAUUCGUCGUCGAGUAGGCAGUGUGACACACUGGGGGGUCAUACGAACCUGGUCGCACGCUCGUUUCUUGGGUCUGGGACGAAAAUGAUGAUGCUGAAGCUGCGGGGUCCACCAACACCCCAAAAGUUAUUUGGGUUUGACAUAUUUGAUGAACUGAGCGAUCGAUUGCGAGAGCGCGAUCCGAGUUCCUUAAUGCUUGCUGCUAAUAUGUCUAUGGACAACCUCCCACUUCCGUUGCCGGUAUUUGUUUACGUUUUCAGUCGAGCAGUUUUUCGUGCCUGCUAUCUUGAUCGGUUUCCGAAGGGGUCAUUUAACUUUUCUUCUUCCUCUUCAGUUUCGCCGUUGUUGACAGCAGUCAACAACACUUCCCAACCUGGCACGGGUACCGCCGAUGCGGCGAGAAAAGAAUCCCGUACACUUGCUUUUAGUGCCGGAUACAGCCGUGAUGACAUGGUUCAGGAAGUCUCAGUUCUUCUUGAGGAAUGCCGACAUGUUGUGAUGCGCUUUUUCGAAUUGUUUGAUAGGGAGCAGCGGGGUUUUAUUACAUGGUCGUCAUUCACUGACCUGUUGAUGGAGCGGGUGGAGGUUCAACAUCGUCUUAUGGUGGUGAAAGAGAACUCGGAGGCCGAUGUGCAGAGCGAUGCAAAAGUGUUUGACGAGUAUGUUUUGGAGCCCUUUCCAUCUGUGAUACGGCAACUUGGGUACUUGGGGGCGGUGACCGAAGUGCGUCACAGCCAUUCGGCUAUUAUUGUGGAGGGUCAACAUGACUUUGCCGUCUGGGACAGUUUUUAUUCUGGCCUUAUUUGGCGCAAACUGCUUGUGCGCUCGGCGGAUGUUCUUUUUUCGCAUCGUCAGGGUGCGCCAGAUGAGUGGGAUGCCGAACGGUGGGAUGCAGCUGCCGACUCCGCGAGGAAUUUGCAACAACAACGAAAGUUUAGUCGGCGGAUUUUGCGCCAUGAAGAAGGUUACAACCACAAGGAUGAGUCUCAAUUAAAGACGAUGAAAAAAUCCCGGGGUACCGAAAAAAGGGUCAACGCCGCUGAGGACAAUAACUUGUCAGGAGGGACCGGCGAUGGUCGCAUUGAUCGGCGAGCUAAGCCAUCGAUUGAAAGUGCUCUACAAUUGUACAAUGUGUCUCCCGAGUUGCCGAAGACGUAUGUGACUCUCCACAAUGAUCUCCUUCUUCGGUUUUUUAACAUUGAGCAGCACAUUUGGGUGAUACCCGAGUCAAUUACGGUUUCCUGCACGGAGACCAUCACCUCCAUGGAGUGGUGCCCGAGCUCCCCAGAGGGGGAUCCGACGAUGAAUUGGUACAUGUUCCUCGGGACGCGCUCGGGAGUUGUUUUUAAAGUCGACCUUCGGGAAAUUCUACGGAAGUUGCCUCUUUUAAAAAACGUUGGAGGUGAUUUCAUGACAACAGGCGUGGCAGCCACAAGCACCGUUUGUGAAAAGCUGGGGCCGUACAUUUUACAACGUAAUAAGAUUCACGAGGAAUUUAUCACGUCCCUCUCACUUACCCCUUUGGGUAUUUUGCUUUCCGCUAGCCUUGACGGGAAUGUUGUUCUCAGUCGCGCGAGCAACAUGACAUCACUACGCUCCUUUCGUCUGAUGGACGAUUCCGGGGUUCGAUAUGCCUGCAUGACACCGCUACGUAACAUAAUAGUGACGCUGAGUGCCACGAAUCGUCUUUCCAUUUGGGGGAACACCAAUCAAGUUUCUUACCUUGACCUCUACGAUCCCAUUUCGCCGCACUACUUCCCCAUCAUCUCUGUCAAGGUGGAUGAGAGUUUAGGGCAGCUGAUCUCGGUGGACUCCAGCGGUUACGCAAAGGUUUGGAGCCUGCGGACCAAUGUUACAAAAAUGUCCUUUUACGCGGUCUCUGGAGCGGUUUUCUCUGCUUUUCGUCAUAUGUACACAGUUGAGAAUGCGGUACAACAGAAUGGCUAUCGUCUUUUUGAUGUGGAUGAGAAGGAAAAGAAACGCUUUCGACCACAGGGUGAUGCCAAUGCUCAACAUGGGACUCCAGCGAUCUUACAAACCACUCUUUCAACCGUGGAGGCGGCGAUGAAUGCGAAAAGUUUUUAUCCAGCGCGUUAUGUGGCCUAUGAUUCGUUGUCGAAGCGAUUGUUUGUUUCCGGUGCUAAAAACAACGUUGUUUGUGUAUUUGUAAGUGGCUUAGGUGCGUUAAAGGCACAUUCCAGUCCAAUUUGCCAUGUCUCUGUUUGCGAACGUAAUCGUUGGGUUUUAAGCGCGUCGAUUGCGGACUGUCGAUUGUGGAGUUACGAAAAGGGCGCACUGUGCCUUGGCCUGAAGGCAAACAGCCUUGAGUUCGCCAUGGUGCGUAUGGCUCCUGUAUUUGAUGAUGCAAGCACGAAAUUCUCGACGAGUGCCGAGCUUGAGGCUGUUAGCGGGGAAACGGAUUGCCACAAAUUGGACGCGUGUAAAAAACCAUUACCCACCGUAAGUGAGGUUAUUAAUGCCGUGGGCGCCCGGGCAGUCGCACAGAGAAUGGAGCGUAGCGCGAAAUGCCUCUCGAAGCGGAUGGCAUCUCCUGAUGAAAUGCGACGAACGGCAAUGUUGUCAAGACUGGGCAAGAAUGUAAACGGUGGAACUUUAUCAAAUACCAUAGGCGACACUGCCAUUGGCACCGCUACUACGGUUUCUACGGUGAGUGGGAGUACUGGCGGUGCAGGUAGUGGCAGUGGUGGUGGGGUCGGUGGUAUGGGUUUUAGUGGUGGGUCUACCACAGAGAAUGAUUUGGUGAAGAGUCAAGGAACACUCUACCGAAUUCUCUGUGUCCACAUUGACAUCCAGGAGCAUUUUAUCUUUUACGCUCUUAAUAAUGGUGAUAUUCGUGUCCAUCGAACAAAUUCUGGACAACUGUCAAAGACACUUGUGACGAUGCCUCCUUCUACGGACCUUAUUCUUGCUGCAGUGGUUCAAUACCGUCACAUUUUUACCUCCAACAGGCGGCCCACAGAUCGAGGGUAUAGCAACAUCACUGAGGGCAUAGAAACAGCAAGUGGAGUGGCAGGGGCGCAAAUACGUGUGCACGAAAUUGCCUUCAUACUCCAUCGUCUCUUGCAUCACGAAAGGAAAAUUAAGCUUCAGGAGGAGGAAAGCACUUCCAUUCACAAGGAGGCCAUUGGAAUGAUGACGACACGAGACGUGAAGGAAUUGGGUGUUAUGUACGCGGACGGGGUGAUUCGUUUUUUCCCACUGAUUGGUGGCAGUGUUCACGCACACCGCAUUAUUAUUCCGGAGUUUCUUGUCUCGAGGGCCACAUCGUACAUGCAGUUGGAGAGGAAUCUUCAACGAAGAAUGGCGACGCCCUCGCAUGAAUUCUCUCAAGCGAGUGAUAUGGAGGAGACCCAUAAACGCCAGCUGAAUUUUAUUGUGGAAGCGGACGCCGUGAGUUUUGUUGCUGUAAGCGAGACGUUGGAGUUUAUUUGCCUUGUUCAAGUCAAUGGACGCAUCUCGAUAAUGGACAUGAAGACCCAGACGGGGGCGGUUGUGCAGGUGUUUACCGUAUCGGGAGAGUUGUCGGCAGUUUCUUUUCUCGGUGCGUAUCCAUGUUUGGUGGUGGCAGAAACACAGGGCACCGUCAGCUUUUUCCUUGUGAAAGGCGCUGCCAUGCUUAAUUUACUUGAGGACUUUUAUAAGUCCCUUGUUUUGCACCGACGGCAUCAGCGGGGUAGAAAUUCCUUGUUGUUUGUUGACAAGCACCCGAUGAAUGACAUUGACAAAUACAGCAACGGUUCAACGUUGCGUAUGUGGUGGUUUUGCGUCCCUGGUACCCCAACAGCACUCCACUUUGACCCCAUUUACGGUGCACUGUAUAUUGGUACGCGUCAGGGAUAUUUCUCUUCCUACCUCGUGCGUAACUUGAUUGUGGCAUUUGAUCUCCACCCCAUUAUUAAUGUCAGCAGAGCAGGAAAAUCGUUGGAUCCACCCAUGACCUCCACACGGCAAUUCCAUGACUCGAAUGAGCCGCGUCUCCUCAAUGUGUUGUUGGUGUUCUUUGGUAUAACACCAGAUCGCGUGAUGCGAUACCUUGAAACAGAGCGACCCUCCUCUGCGACACUUGGGCGAGAAUUGAAACACACCGCAAACAGCACAGGUUACUCUGUGUCGUGGAGGGGAGCCGAUUCUCCACUUUUAUCCCCUGCGCCGCGUGCUAAACCAAACAUUUCAUCCCCCGCAGACAACGUGAGAAGCGACAGGGGCGCCGCGAUGGCAAGGUUUCGGAAGGGUUCUCUUUCGUGGAUCUUUGAAGCCUGUAAACCGCUGUUUUUUCCAGCAUCGUCAAACAUGUCAGCACGGCAGUUUCCGGAGACUGCAAAUCUUCCAUUUGAUAUUCUAACAGUGACGCUUUCGGAAUUACUUGUUGGGGCUGCGAUCCUCCGCCAUGCACUACUAAUUAUGUCAAUGAUGUCAGACUUUUCCUCCAUGAGGAAGCCGUCAAUGGCGAAUGCAGGCGAAAGUUUUACUUCUUUUGCCUCUUCUGCCUGCCAUCAUUACGCAGCUGUCUCACUUACCUUGAGUGAUAUACGACAUAUUCGGCAAUGCAUCGUGGAGGAAAUUCGUUAUCGGAAUGGGUCUGUGGGGACCGGAACAGAGCGGCAGGAUUCUCCGACAUCUGAUGGUUUACCGGGCGGGUUUUGCGAGGUGGAGGAAGAGUUUGAUUUUGAUAUGGUGCGAGACAAUUCGUAUGUGAUUCCAGGCACCAUUGCGGACAAUUGGGUGGAGUUUCUCUUUCGCAGACAUGUGGUGCAUUCAGUGAAUGAUUCCCCAUUGACUUUGUUGUCACCGAGUGCCACAUUGGAGCGUGCCCGUUGUGAACGCUAUGAGCGUUGCAAGUUACUGCAACUUCAGUAUGAUUUGGAACGAGAGGCACAAAAGGAAUUUGUUGGAACCUCGUGGAUGAACACAACUACCCCUGGACAAGCCACAGCCAUCACCGUUGACUGGAAUGCGUUUAUGGAAGGAACUGGAACACACCUUCUUGAGGAGGCUUUUCGCCGUCGCCGCGGUGAGGGCGCCGGCGAGGAGGACUUUUUAAAUCCACUCGAUGAUUUUGGUGGUGUACGGUGUAUUAAAACACGACGCAAUGGUUUGUUGUUUGUCGGGAGUGCGAAUGGCUCCGUUGCGGUCUGGACCACGUACGGUGGGGCGCGGAUACAGGAACUGUGUCCAAGCAUGUUACUGAAGGAGAGCCUUCGUUGCCUGGGGGGGAAAUUAAAGAUGCGGCUUGCCCAGGAGGUGAGUCGCGUAAGACGACGCCGACAAAGAGAGGCCUAUGCGACCUCAUCUCACAACGCGAAGGAUCACGACACAAUGUUGCGUAACUUGAAUGUAAAGUACAAGGCGGCCAUGAUGAGAAACGAGAUGGUUCGGGAGGGCAUUUUGGGAAACAGCAUCACUGAAUUCGGAGGCUCGAGUAAUGAAACCAUGUCAUCGUUGAGCACCAACGAGAGACAGCAAAAAAUUCAACGUACUUUUCCGAAAAAAACUUCCUCAGUUCAACUGACAACCGACAUUGAAAGGACACGUUCACGGCUUGUGAAGGAAAAGGAGGUUCUUUUGGCAUUACUGAAUACUACCCCAAGUGAAGCUUCGGAGAGGGGCAUUCUAAUGGAGGAUCUAUACUUCUUGCCCAUGCACACGACAAUGUUAUCAGAGCUUGAAGAGUUUGAUUUGGUUGCGUAUGAUCUUGCUGUCGAUAUUGCCGUGAGACGUCUUGAGCAGGAGCUUUGCCCUGGAGCUUUUGCGGAUGAUGCAGGGAAUGUAUCUAUGGCAGGCAGUAGACAUGGCAGCGUCUCCGAUACCCAUCCUACCGGCCUUGGUGAUGAAGCCAAUUUUAACACUAUGCAAAUGGGCUCUGCUCAGUGGGGCGGCAGUUUUUUCGGAGGAGAAUUUGGAGGUGAAUCGAUGCAGGAGGACUUACACUCAUUUUUAAUUGCGGCACACGAGAAACUACAAUCCGCCUUUUACGCAGAGGAGCUGUCGUAUAUGCGUUGGAAGGCGGCCGCCUCUUAUUCCAAUUUGCCCAAACUGGGUACUAGGCGUCGAAGGAUGAACGGAGGAGGAUCCCUCACAUGUAUGGAGUGGCAACGCUCCAUUUUUAACCAAUACACCGCGGAUCUUUCACAGACCAGUAGCAUGUCGUGGAAUUUGCCACACGAGCGGAAUCUUCCUUCGUACGCGCGGCCUGGAAGAUGUUUAGGGCCUGGUGUCAUUACGGUUGGACUCUCCACGCGACAGGAAAGGCGUCUUAAGGGCUGUUUUGGGUUGGAGCUGGAGCGCAUGGCGAAAGAGUCACGUUGGCAUACUGCGGAUGAAGCAAUAGAGAGCAUUUCGGGACAAAGUAAAGGAUUGUUGCCGGUCGAGUCACUUGCUGGGCUUUCAAGAUCUCUUGCGCAACGGCCAUCGAGGAAUACAAGGGUGAAUUGCCCCGUGGAAACAUUCCCCACAGGAAAAAAAGAAAAGAAGUGGGAGGCACAGCAACAGAAAACCACCAGGGCGGUUUUAGAACCCGUUUUGCUCCUGGUAACUAGCCGAGAAAAUGAUAGCAGUAGAGACAGCAAUAGUAAUGAUUAUUCUCGGCGGCAAUCGGGCGAUUUACGCUCACCUGCUGAGGUUUCUUUGGUUUUGAGCGGAGUGGACAAAAAGCGGAGGCCGGAUGAAGAGAGCGGCGGAACAAAGGAGCGAUACUUCUUUUUUCUCACCGAGGAAAAUGCGGGAUUAUCUUCGGUGGAGGGGUCAUCACUGACGCCUCCCGCAGUCUUGUCGCCCGCGGGCUCGGGAUUUCGUCAGGCAUUCCGACCUGCACCGAGAAGAACCUCAACUUCUAUCUUCUCCGCACGUACGGAAGACGAUGAUAGUUCUGACGCUGCGCCCGGGGUGUUGAUGCAGUGGCAGUUGCACAAAAAGGACCAUUCGCAUCGGGCCAAGCUUUCCCGGACUGGCCGCGUGGCGGCAACGCAAUCAGGAUGUCAACCAAUAGUCAAACUCGGCAAAAAAUCCUUUUUUGCCUCCCGUGACGGUGCCGAUCUCCAUGUGGGGACGUCUCAAGGCGCCUCCUGUUCACGAAGUCCCAUUGGUGUUCGACUGGACUUAUCGGAUCCACUCAUGUUUCCCAUUUCGUUUCAAGGGGGCAGCAGUCAAACAAAGGUUGGCUUGGGCCCACACAGUGACCGUGCGCAAACUCCCGAGAGUUUCCUGCUGCCGCUUUUGAGUUCCGGUGGCGGGCGGGAUUCACCAGCAACGCAGAGGGCGGAGUCACCUCUGUCACAGAGAAGGCAGAAAAAUGGGGUGGCGAACAAGCGCAAGUCACGACGUGGAUGA